AUGGCUGAAAAUAAGGAUGAACUCGUUCAACGUGCUAAACUUGCUGAGCAAGCUGAAAGAUAUGAUGACAUGUCGUUAUCAAUGAAAAAAGUAACUGAAAUUGGUGCUGAAUUGACAAAUGAAGAAAGAAAUCUUCUCUCCGUAGCUUAUAAAAAUGUUGUUGGAGCGCGUCGUUCGUCUUGGAGAGUUAUUUCCUCUAUUGAACAAAAAACUGAAGGAGCUGAAAGAAAACAACAACUAGCUAAGGAAUAUAGAGAGAAAAUUGAACAAGAAUUAAAAGAAAUUUGUGAAGAUGUUCUCUCUCUUCUUGAAAAAUAUCUUAUUCCAAAAGCCGGAAAUCCAGAAUCUAAAGUUUUUUAUUUAAAAAUGAAAGGAGAUUACUAUAGAUAUCUAGCUGAAGUUGCUACAGGAGAUGCACGUAGUGUUGUUGUUGAGAAAUCACAACAAGCUUACCAGGAAGCAUUUGAUGUUGCUAUUCAUCAUAUGCAGCCAACGCAUCCAAUUAGAUUAGGACUUGCUCUCAAUUUUUCUGUCUUCUUUUAUGAAAUUCUUAAUGCACCCAAAAAAGCUUGCAGAGCUAGUAACAAUUCUGCUGUUGCCUACUCGGAAGCACUCGAAGUCGCCAAAACAUCAUUGGCUCCAACUCAUCCAGUUCGUCUUGGGCUUGCACUUAACUAUUCUGUCUACUUUUACGAAGUUGCUUCAUCUCCGGAUCGUGCUUGUCAACUAGCUAAACAGGCCUUCGAUGAUGCUAUAGCUGAAUUGGAUACUCUUAAUGAGGACUCUUACAAGGAUAGUACAUUGAUUAUGCAGCUUCUUAGAGAUAAUCUUACAUUAUGGACAUCCGAUACUAAUGGCGAUGAUCAGGACAUUGGAGCUGAAGGUGGUGAUAUUGCUAAUUAA